UCGUACAACAUCGUGACGAUCGCUUUUUUGACGCACACUCAAACUUAGAUGAUAACAUUCGACAAUUGAAAUUCACUGCGUCUAGUGACUCAGUGUUCUCAUGUUUAUUGGGGCGCUUUUUUAUUCACGGCGCUCUUGUAUAAUUACGGUGCAAUCGACUGUGGUGUAACAGUUUGUUAUAUUCUUGGAGCUUGAACGACGAAAAGGAAAUACAUCAUAACGAACUUAAAAAGAUUUUCCUCGUUCGUCAUUGAGAGGACACGGAAUAACGUCAUAGAUGCUUUAAAUAGCCGCACGUUCGUAGGAGAGGAAGGGAAAUCACGGAGAGCCAUCUGACACCUCGCUAUCGAUUCGUUCCGCAGGCUUGAUGCAGGGAAAACAACAUAGCGCAGUGGAAUACGUAGGCGAGAUAAUAUAGGAAGCAAUAGACCAAUAUCCCCGCUCAGAACGACAUUUCAGUUGAACAGGAGUGCUUCGUGUGAUAGCGCAAACAGCUGUGGGAUACUAAACAGUGUUUAUUAAGAAAGCAGUCAAAAUGCACGUGGAAGUUAACGUCGCCCUGAAUUUCGUGAUUUCGUACUUAUACAAUAAACUGCCGCGUCGCAGAGUGGAUUUAUUCGGGACGGAGUUAGAAAAGGGACUGAAGAAAAAGUUCGAGGGCCAUUGGUACCCGAACCAGCCCAUGAAAGGUUCCGGCUUCCGUUGCGUUCGCAUAAGCGGACCGGAAAUGGACCCGGUGAUUAUAAAGUCGGCGUGCGAGGUAGGUCUAGACUUGGAGGAGAUGAAAGCGUAUAUUCCCAAUGAACUCACCCUCUGGAUCGACCCGAAUGAGGUGUCUUACAGAAUAGGCGAGAAGGGACAGGUUAAGAUACUUUACAGUGACAGAAACGCCGAAGAUAAUACCGAAUCAGAAGAUCGCGAAGUGCAAGCGACCAACAAAGGGUUCAAUCCAGAGGCGCAGGCCUUCAAUCCAGACGCUCAGUCGUUCGAACCUAUCGACAGGCUCUCCGCGUCUCUUUGUAAUUUGAAUCUUUCUCCGGGAGGACUGUCGCCUAUGUCACCGGUUUCGUCCAGUUCUUGGGGCGGAAGUCAGUCCACAUCGCCUUGUGGUGGCGCCAUAUUCCCGUCAUCAUUAUCAGGUGAGCUCACACCACAACCCGUGUUUACCCCCAAACGUCAGGGCGCACCUUUGUUCACAACUGCGACCUUUGCACAGACAAAAUUUGGUUCUACAAAGCUGAAGUCUAAUGCAAAGCGUCCGACCCGACUUUCACCUACAGAAUUUGGAAAUUUCUUUCGCCAGAAUGUGGUCACUAACAACACCACUACCCAGUACCCGGGCAUCAUCACCCCGCCUCGUUCUAGAUCUCUUUCGCCACGAGACCCUCGGGUUGAAUUCCUGAUAGACCAAAAACAACGUUUUCUGAACAAUCAACACCAGCAACAACUUCAGCAACACUUUCAACAACAACAACAACAAACGCUUAAGCAACAACAAUUCAAUUUUCAACUUCAACAACAACUGCAAUUUCAACAGCAUCAGCUGCAACAACAGCAGAAUCGUUUAAAACUCCCGCACGACCACCAGUUUCCUUCGCCGACGAGCCCGUCGCAGCACGUGACGGGAUCCCUGCACGAUAUGUUUUCCGGCCCCUCCCCGCUUCAGUCGCCGAUGUCGUCUCUCUCCAGCGGCCACUCGCCCGUAUCACCCGGUCAGUCCCAUCUGUUCCCACUAGCGAGCCCGCAGUCAAUGCCCAGUCCUCCGGGUUUCCAUGACAACAACAAUCAGCAAACGACUAUUGGGUCGCAGCAGUCGAUUUCCCCCGACAACCAGAUGGCGUUCCUCGACAGCAUUGGUCUAAAUAACGGACCCUACUCGUCAGCCAAUCAAUUUCAUCAUCUUCUUCUUGCCAGCUAAGUGCUUUGUUGACGCGUUUGAGCAUUUCCUAAAAUAUAUUUUGUAUUCUUUAUUUGAUCUGAUGUUAGAUAUAGUAUUUAUUUGUGUAAGUUGACAGUUUUACCAUUCCUAUUUAGUUCGAUACUUCAAUUUCAUAAAGCCACAUUAACCCACUCUAUAAGUUUAAGACAUAGGAAGUUAGAGAUAUUAUAACCUUAAAUUAGUACUAUUUGUAUACGAACACUAAGACAAAAUCAGACAAUUGAUUUUUUAUUGUCUCUUUGACCAUGCAAAGCUAAACAUUUUGAUAAAUUGUUCAUCUGUUAAUGCCAUUUAUAGCUUAUUUAUGCGAUUAUGGUAGAUACUAAUUGGGCAUGAAUUUAAUGUGACCGUUUUGUUCGAAUAUUCGUCCUGUUUGUAACAUGUGUAUUGUAUUUUUUUAAAUUUAUCAAGUUUUUUUGUUAUAUAUACAUAACAUGUAUUUUUAGUGUACAUAUACAGAUUAACCUAUAAUUAUGUAACAUAUUUUUUCUACAUACAAAGUUUUUUCGUUCAAAGCCAUUUUCAGAUAUUUUUCUACUAAAUGGUUAUAACGCUAUUAAAUUUAUACAUAUUUUUACUACUAUCAGUGUCCGUAUUUAUUUUCGUUUAAAUAUCGAAUGUUGACGUAUCUCAAGUAAGAUAAACAGUGACCAAAUUUUAAUAGAGAUAUUUCCUCAAUGGAUUUUGUGUUGUUGAAAACUCGCCAUAAAUAAAUAGAAUAUUUAACCAUAUUUUGUAAUAACAUUCAUAUUGACAUUUGAUGUAAAUUCAUGACUGAACACUUCUUUCACAAUCACAAUUAAGACAUUAUGUAUGUCACCAACUUUUAAGGGCACUAUUGGUAUUGUUCCUUGAAAUUUUCACUGCUCACAGCUAGACUCUGUAAGGCGAAAAAUCGAAAAUGAUCACCAGGCAUAAACCGUCUCAGCCAUAAAAUUGCCUGCGAUAUAUUCGGUUAUUACGUCUUGCCAUCGUAUAGGUAUUAGUAACGGAAAGCGUAGGAGUGGCAUUCAAUGAACGGUAUCCCACGUUUUAAUUAACCCAUUUAUGCCUAGUGGACUCUCCCAUCCGUCUAAAUUGGAUCAAUUUAUUUCCAAAAUUAGGGAUGUCUAGUAUAUUUAUUUCUAUAUUUAGAUUAUUUCUUACAGCAAUUUCUUUAAGCAAAAAGCACAGACCCAGAUGAGACGCCGCAUCAUGCGGCGUCUCAUCUGGGUCUACGCUGUUUUCCAAGUCCUUUUUUCUACACGCUAGGCAUAACUGGGUUAAACUAGACGAUUUGCUUGGACACCAAUACAUUCAGUACUUGCUGAAAAUGUGCGAUUAACUUGUUUUGGUUUUAUUAACGUUUCAGAUGUUUAUAUGAAACAAUGCAUUCGUUUUGUGAAAGUUCUUAACCAACAAGAUUACGAGCAACACAUUAAUCAGCUUGUUUAUAAUAAACAUGAAAUCGAGAAAACACAAAACAGCAACAACUUUAAUAGCAACACGCGUAUACUUAUAAUUUAUGAAUUAAAAAUUCUUAUUGAUGUAUUCGUAUCUUUUGUAUUUUUUUAACCUGUGGCAAAAUGAAGAAACAUUCAUGAAAAUGUCUAAAUAUUUUAUAGAUUGUUUGCUAAUUCGAGUGAUAAAUGAUGUGAACACUUUGUAUACUAGUCCGUUGGCAUUUUCCCGAUGUCUGAUACAGCAUUGCGACAAACGUGAAUGUUUAUAAUAUGAUAUAUUGCUCUUGCCACUUAGACACCAUGGUAUUAUUUACAUAAUUCUAAAUGCUACAUUUACUACGCUAUCUUCUCACAAAAACUGUAUAUUGAGAGAAUGUUUACUCCAGAGAAAACUCGACGCAGUCACUUGGUAUUUGUGCAGAUGGCAAGAUAAGUUUUUGCGUGCACGGAACAUAUUCGUAAAUAUCAGACAUACCUCACCUGACGCAGUAUCUCUUGCAAAUUGUUGUCUGACUAAUAGGUAUCUUUCUAUAGUUUGCUAUCUGAUGUAAUUAUAUGUUGAACAUAGUAUGCUGUAUUAGCAAGUCGAGCGGGUAUUAGAAUUUGCAGUUGUUUGUUAAACAUGCAUUGUUUCUCUCGGACAUCUCUUGAUAAGUUUUCAUGACAAAAAAUUACACGGUAGUCGAUGCCUGAAAAUGGUUAUAUUAAAACAAAAAAAGUAUUUUGCUUCUAUGAGCGGUUCAGAAUUUGUUUCAAAGUUCAAAUGUAAUAUAUACCAACGGCUCAGUUGUAUCAAAUAUAUAAAACGAUCAGGUGUAAGGUGUAUCUGUCAUUGUGUACCAAUUGAUUAGCAACCACAAACGUUCAUAUUAUCAAUGAAUACAACACAGAUACAAUGAGUGUUGGCCGAAUAACAAUGAUUUUAUAUAACACUUUAGAUAGAUACCAUGUACUACAUUAAUAUUUCAGUUCAACGAUGUAUUAACUGCUUAUGUAAACAGUGUACAUAUCACUGUGUCAUUGUCAGGGCAUGAAGUGCAUAAAUAUUUUAAAAUGCUUAUAUACAAGACUGCUUCCUCCGUUAAUACAUACAAGGCGUUCGUAAGAGCACAAAGUCGAUAUUGCUGAAAAAGGUCCAUACAUAAAUCAAUAAAUUUAACGACGAGGAAACGUAGUCAUUUAAAUCGUCAAAAUAUAAACUACCACAACUCCAAACCCAUGUUCAAUUUUUAUUGUGCAAAAAAGUUUUUGCCGCCGUUCGGUUUUUGAAAUCGUUUUGUCAAAGAUCAUUAAUACACACUUCGUAAUAUACGGACGCUAAUUAAACAUUUUUCAAAGAAGCAUCUGGUGCCAGUGGAUUAAGUAUUGAUUAUAACAACAUCUCGGUCACUUCAAUUGACAGAGUUUUUAUAAGCCCACAGCUCCAUGCGAUUGCGCUUGAUCAGGACUUAAGUAAGCGGUAUAUAUAAUCAUACGUGUUCAUUUAUGUAUGUGUUUCUGGUCAUCAGCAUUAACCUGUGUUACCCAGAUGGUUUUCUUUAAUGCGAGUUUUAUAAACGUAUAAAUUAUGUCGUAUUGUCUUUCCGAUGUGAAACAUUCCUUGAGCUAAAAUUUAAAUGUUUUUGAAACAAAUGAAUACAAUCUUAAUAGAUAUCUACAGCCGCAAUGUAAAUGAGUGUAUAUUGUUUUGUUAACUAUGCCUUCAAUAAUCUAAAUGUGCAGUUUGGUAAAAUUGCCAUGUUUUAUAUAUGCUGUUGUUAUUGAUAUGAAAUACGACGAGUGAUGUUCAUGCAAGGGUCAAGGUAGGGCAUACGUACAUGUGUCCUAAAACAGGGCGUUGUGUAAUCUAUGUUGGCCUACAUUUAUGUUCACGAUUAGUGCAAUCUAUAUUUGUAUAAUUAAAGUCAGAGGUCUGGUUUCUGUUUCCGUUUUUGGCGUCCCACCUAUCCUAUUUUAUUUGAACACUGGAGCGAAACGAUUCAUUUGUGCAAAGAGAAAUAUAAUUAUUAUGAUAAUGUCUAAAACGCACUUAUGUAAUCCAUAUUGAAUAGUACCAACUUUUUCAACUAAUGACCAUAGCAACAACACUACCCCACAUGAAACAAUAUAAUAAUUAUGUUGCUGCAUCAUAAUAAGGACAUAAAACUACCACGCGUACAUAUAGGAACAAUGUGACAGCAUACAUAUUGGACUCUUAUUCAAUCUCCUGAUGACAAUUAACUAUACAUUAUAUAAGUGUUUAAGUCCAUUUUUUGGGGACUUAUGGACACAAAACACAUACAAGAAACGUAUUCUUUAUUUGUAUGUACACGGGUGCCAGAACUGCAUUGGUUUUUCUUACUGAUUGAUGUCUAUUGUAUAUCGUUUGUUGGUGACGGGAUAUUUAUUACAUUUAUAUAACUUAUACUAUUCUGUGUUGUAACAAUCUAAUAAAAUAUUUUAUUAAUAUUGCAUAUGAUAUAAAAGUAGCUCUGUUACAAUAUUGUGUAUGUGCUUUCAAAGUAUAGAUGUUAUGUCUCAGAUACAAUUGCUGUAGUUUGUAGAGAGAGAAAAGGUAGCAUACAGUUUGUUUGUUUAUUUUUUAUUUUAUCAUUUCUGAUUUUAUUAUGGUGACUAUAUGAUAAUUUAUAUGACGCCUACUAACCUGAUAUAACAAAUCAUUUCAGACACCUUUGUAUCAGGCCGACCGUAACGUAGGAUGUUGAUAUAAGAACAUUUAAACGCAGGUUAAUUAUUAUCAAAUUAAAUCUCUCAAACUCAUUAGGUACUAAAUUUAUUAUUAUUUUUAUACAUAUAAGCCGUUGAGUUUGCUUAACGGUGAUAUAAAAAAAAUUAUUAACGUAAAACUAAACGUUAACGUAAUGGCGUGGAUGGAUGUGCAUUUAUGAACGUUUUCACGCAACGUUUGACAAUCUCCAGGUGGAAUAAGUUCGCUUACGCUGUAGAAACUAGUGAAACAUAUUUGUAACGAGUUCAUAGUUUCAAUCGUCUAAACGAAAUAUCUCCUUAGAUAAAGUUUUUUUUUACAGUUAAUGGUCAAUACUGUUUCACUAUCUUGUUGUACUGGUAAAUUUGAAAUCAAUACAGAAAGACGUCUAGCAACAUUAUGUUCUUGAGGUGCACUUUGCUUUAUUCAGGGCCGCCAUAGUAAUCAGAAAUUCGUGUGAAUUAAAGCUGGCCAAUGAAGGUGUUUCCUGAUAUAUAUAUAUAUAUUUAUACCGUGAUAACAUAUUUUGUUUAUAAUUGACGUGUUAUAAUACGAUAGAUGUUUCAUUUCUUUUAUUUAAUCUAUGGAGAAUCUUUCAUAUUUUGAAAUAUCUUUUAUGUUUUGGUAACUUAUUUCAGCAAUCAAACGUCACUAAAUCUGUUUUUGCUGUAGUGUUCAUGUAAUGUCAUGCGCUUUCUUUAAGUAUACAUGUGUGAUUAACUCUUUAAAUCUUUAUUUGGAAUUGACUCGAUGUUCUGUAUCCUCAAAAUGAAGGCUCUAGUAGUUCUAGAAACGAUUGGAGUUCACAGUUGAAUCGAACUGUUCGGAUGAAAGACAUGCCAUUUUCAUCAAAUUCGGCUUUGAUAACUAUCAGCAUUGCCUGAGUUUUAAUAAGAUAUGAAUGUUUCGAGGGCUUAUUUUGUAUAAUAUGAUCAUAACAUUAUUUAUAGCAUUAUUUGGAGGGGUUGUAUGUUAUUGAUGUUAUGUAUAUAAACGUAUACUUUUCAUUAUAUUAAACUAACUUGUAAAAUAAUUGUGUUAUAAUAAGCGAUGUCUUUCUAUAGUAUUAUUUAUAGGUUAUAAUUAUUCACACGUUUUUCAUGGGUUAUAAUAUUGAUCUACGUGAUGUUGUAAACUACAGACUAUUUUCCACGCUAAAUGUUAAUAUCAUUGAUGACAAGAAUUAUUCCAAUGUGUUACAUAAAGUAUAUUUUGAAACUGUUAUUGUUUAGUAUAAAAUAUUUCUAAGUUUGUAAUAAAAUUCAUAUUUGUUGA